AUGGCGAGUUACUUUAACACGAACGAAUUCAGCGUAGAACAACUUUUGGCUCUCAACAGUAUCAUAGACAGUGAUGAGGAUAUGGAUGCAAGAGUAGAAGACAUUCUGAAGGAUAGGAACUACAGGAUCACUCCUGAUGAUAAGGGUGAAAGUCCAUUCCAGGGAGAAAGACAAUUUGUAGAUGAAGUUGACCGUGAUAUGGAAACAAAGAAACCAAGACGCAUACCUAAGAACUACAAGGGUAGAAGAGGAAUUAUGCCAACGUGGAAGUACUCUGACAGGCAAAAGGCUAAGGCUUUACUUGUAGAGGAAGCAUACCAGAGCUUACUGUCUAAGGGAGUUCAAGGACUGCCACCGACAAUGGGAGGUAGAUGGCGUACAGACGAUGUUCUUGUUAAUGAGGAAAUUAAGAGAAUCGAAAACGAAAGGAAUCCUAAGGUAAAGCGUCCCAGAGGUAGACCACCACAGGCAAAGGUUGAUGCUGAAGUGAAGGCGCCAAAGAAGAGAGGCAGACCACCAAAGGUAAAGACUGAUGCUAAGGUUAGAAAGCAAACUGUAGCAGAAAGAUUCCUGAAUCAGAGGAAGGUAAAACUCUCAGUGCCUGCAGAUAGUGUCAUAACUCCAACAGGUCCAGGUAAGUUUACAAUUCAUGUGGAUCUUAAUAAGAGACCCGCGAGGAAAGCUCCUGAGGUACCUAAGGGUGUAGCUCCAUGGAGACCGAUACCUAAGCCUAGAACGGUACUUCCUAGGGAAAGGCCUGUACCAAAACCCAGAACUAAGCUUCUUAAGGAAAGACCUGUACCGAAACCUAGGACUAGGAAACCAGUGUCUCCUCCUAAGGUCCGUAAGCCUGUAAGAGUGUCGAGAGAAGCCAAGGAGCAGCCUAUAGUGGUUACACCAGAGGAACAAGAAAUCGAUCCAUUUGGAACAGAUCUUGAAAAGCCAUUCCAUAGGAAAAUCGAAACAGCUGCAAAUGGAGCCGCUGUGACUUACUCGAUAACUCCUCAUUAUAUGGACCCUCUGGACCAGAUGACUGCAAGUAGACAGGUAGUGAGAGGAAUACUUGUGAACGAGUUGAAGAGAAUGGGUGGGUUGAAGUACACAGAGACUCUGAAGGUGAGAAUGUCAAAGGAAAUCGGUGACGGGAAAACCAAGAAGGACUCAGUCUACUUCAAAUCUAAGACUGGUACUGCAACUAACUUCGAGGAUAUUGAAAGUACAGCUGCUCAAAACCAACUGACAAUAUUGUCUAGGAUUGAAACCUUCCAAAACCUAGGUUCAAAUUGGAUUAUACUCAAUAUUGAGAGUCAUUAUGUGAACAUUGCAAUGUACAAACCGUUAAAGGGUAGUUCAUACAUGGAACUUCCUAAGGACAUUAGUAAUUCAAUGUGUGGGCUCAUCAAUAUGAAGAACAAUGACAACCUGUGUUUCCUGUGGAGUCAUGUGAGACAUCUGAAUCCUAAGGCCAGAAGAGCAACCACUAUCACACAAAAAGAUAGGGAAUUCAUAACGAACCUGGACUAUGACGGUAUAGACUUCCCCGUGAAGAUAAGUGACAUUGAUAGAAUUGAGAGGAAAAACAGUAUCAGCAUAUCUGUGUUUGGUUAUAAGGGUAAGAAACAGUUCUACCCUAUAAGAAACUCCAAGGCUAAAUACGAGGAUCAUAUGGAACUUCUACUCCUAGGUGAUGGUGAAAGUAACAACCAUUAUGUGCUCAUAAAGGAUGUAAACAGGAUGCUCUUCAGUGUAAGUAAACAUGCACAUAAGCAACACUUCUGUCUACACUGUCUUCACAGUUGUGUGAGUGAAGAGGUACUGGAGAAGCAUAAGGAAACAUGUCUGGAGGUAAAUGGAACUCAGGCUGUAAUACUUCCCAAGGAAGGGACAAAAAUCAAGUGCAAAAAUCAUAGGAACUCAAUGCCUGUGCCGUUUGUGAUAUACGCCGAUUUUGAGUCCAUACUAGUACCAGAGGAGAGAAAAGAGAAGUCAGAGAACCCUGAAGAUGAAAGUAGUACGGACCUUUACCAGACACACAAGGCUUGUAGUUUUGGUUUGAAAACAGUCUGCCACUAUGAUGAUAAGUACUCCGGUGAGUAUAAGAGUUACGUUGGAAGUGACGCUGCAUUGGUCUUCCUAAAGACUGUAGUAAAAGAGUCCUUCAGAUGUAGGGAAAUGACUGACAAAAUAUUCAGGAAGAAAAUGGUAAUUACACCCAAAGAGGAAGCAGAAUUCCUGGUUACAAGAAACUGCCACAUAUGUGGUUACGAUCUAUGUGAGGACCGUGUGAGAGACCAUGACCAUGUAACAGGUAAGUACCGCGGAGCUGCUCACAAUAUAUGCAAUCUUAAGUACAGAAUUACAUGGAAAGUACCUGUGGUCUUCCACAACCUGAGAGGUUAUGAUAGUCAUCUGAUUAUGCAGGAAAUUGGUAAGUUCAAGAUGGAUGUUAAUGUGAUUCCAAAUAAUAUGGAAAAAUACAUCUCAUUCUCACUGGGUAAGAAUCUGGUCUUCAUAGACUCUAUACAGUUCAUGGCUUCUUCACUGGAAGCACUGGUAAGUAACCUUUCACCUGAGGACUUCAGGAUAGCAGGUAAGAGGUGGAAGGGUGAGGACUUCAAUCUAGUGACACAAAAAGGAGUGUUCCCAUAUGAGUUCCUCGAUGAUAUUAGCAAACUCAAUACAGAAGGUCUUCCGAGCAAGGAUAAGUUCUACUCGUCACUGUAUGAGUCAGAGGUGAAGGAAGAAGAUUACCAGAGAGCUCAGAAAGUAUGGGAUCACUUCAAGAUGAAGACCAUGAGAGACUACCAUGAUCUCUACUUGGAGACUGACGUUCUUCUGCUGGCUGAUGUGUUUGAGAACUUCAGGAGAACAUGUCUGGAAAGUUAUGAACUUGACCCCGCACAUUACGUGUCAGCACCUAGUCUGAGUUGGGACGCUUUCCUGAAAAAGUCAGGUGAAGAAAUAGAACUCGUAAGCGAUAUGGAUAUGUUUCAGUUCUUCGAGAAGGGUAUGAGAGGUGGUACAAGUUAUAUUGCUCAUAGACACUCAGCAGCUAAUAAUAAGUACAUGGAGACGCAACCUCGUUCCCAGGUUCUUUGCUCUUGGGAAGCAAAGACCCUGGUCGGGGCUGAUGACGUCACACCCAGAUUCUGGGGGUAAACGUAUAAUUUGACUGUGGGUCGGGAGGUAGAGGAGCGUGUUUGUUGCGUUUGGAAAAUUGCAACUUUAUGUGUUAUAAUUUCGGGUGAUAAAAAUGUAAUUUGCAACAAGAGAUUGUGAAAGGAACUUUCUAGAUUCGUACUGAUCAUGACAAAGACUUCCUGCUAUACUGAAUGUCAUCAACAAUAAGUGUUGCGUUACAUUUCAAGCGAGAAGCUGGAUCAUAUUUCACUUGCAAGGAAAACACUCCACACGCACCUGGCUUGCGAAGUUUAGCACGUAUCGCCGUAGAAACAUACAUAUCUUCUACACAGACUGAUCGAUCAAACGGUAUUAAACGAACGAUAUGGUUCUUUAUAGUUGAAGUGUAUCCUGUCCGAUAUUCAAAACAAAAGAUUUAUUUUAUAACGGGAUCCUUUGAUUUCCCAAACAUCGCCAACAUGUGUAAACAAUAGUGCUAUUUUGACUGUAAAAGCACAGGAUUCAUUUCAUUUACAUUGCUGAAACUCAACGAUCAAGAAAGAUAAUGUCGAAGUGUAGCUAGCUAUCUGUUAUCACACAAACGCCAAGACUCCUCCGUGCGUUUCCGUGCGUGCGGUACAACUUGAAUAUCUACGACGAUAUAUGCACCAGACACUGGUAUUGUACUUUAUGUAAAUUAUUUCAUAUUUUGUGUAUAUAGUAAUUUGCAACAUGUAUAAUAUUAGACCUUUCAUUGGCAUUGUCCAUUGAGGGCUUUAUUGAAGAAUAAUCCAGCUUCUUUAGACUUGUAUAAUGGAUUAAUGCCGCUGUGAGUUAAUAUCAAUAUUUAAAUCAACUUUAAUCUUUAUCGUAUUCCGUAACCAAUAUUUUAGAAGUUUAGUCUGUUUUACCAAACAAUACUGGAGGCAAACAACCUAUCUAUCCAUGGAAACUUUAAAAGGUUUGUUACAGUAAAACUCAUUAAUAUAAGCGAGACUUCGUGUGCAUAUACAGUUUAUGAAUUAUGUAUAUCCUGAUAAAACGUAGGACGCUUUAUACCAGAUGUAAUAAAAAAUACUUUGCUAAACCUUUUCUGUCAUUCCCUUGCAUUUAAGGGGAGAGGGUAAAUCGCGAUAGAAUUUAUAGGAGAUGCUGUGCAAUAUUUUGGCUUCAACAAACAGGUACUCGUGCAGACAAAAAAGGAAAUUCAUGCAGUUGUGAAUUGUCGUAUGUCAGCUGUGCACUGUCGAUUUCAAACAAUUUUGUACGUUAUAUUUUGUCUUCCCGGUGUUUAACAUAAACGAUGAUAACCUUUUAAAAAAAUUCUAGAGCAAUAUGUCUAUAAACAGUUUUAGAAUCAAUAAAAUGGACAUUCAAUGUGUAUUUGGCUUGUGUCCAAAUGUGUCACGUUUAAGACCGGCAAGGCGCUAAUCCUAUGACCUAUAAACAGUCGCUUUUGAGACAUCUGUCCAUAUCAGAACAAUUCAUUGGCAUAUUAUAAGCAUAUUGUAAAUAUCAGAGCCAGAACAGAAACGUACGUGUGAAAUGAAACUAUAUACGCCCGAACCGGCGAACUCCGAGAAAAUAAAAAUAUUUCAAAGCGUACAGUCAUACGUUCUCGUUGCUUGAUUUCCUGAAUUUUCUGUUGCUAUAAGAAUCUGCAUUUUAGCAUGUUUGUAUAAUUUAAAAGCAAACAGAAACCAAUUUAGCAAGUAGUUUGAGGUAUAUAUGAUUCUCGAAGAUGAAUUAGAUGAUUGUACAGAACGGCCACUCCUUGCAAUCGAAGUGCGGAAGUGGAAACAUGUAAUAUGAGACUUUUCCAUCCCCCCUUCGGCUAUCAAUUUUCUAUGUGUGACGUCAUCAGCCCCGACCAGGGUCUUUGCUUCCCAAGAGCAAAGAGCCUGGGAACGAGGUUGAUGGAGACGUACGAUGAGUCGUCUGAGAACAAGUACCUAAUGUACCUCGACGCUAAUAAUUUAUAUGGCUGGGCAAUGUCACAACCACUACCUAAUGGAGAGUUCGAGUGGGUUAAGGAAUUUGACGGUAUGAAUCUAGAGGAUUACUUGGGAGACAACGGGAGGGGAAUGGUUUUGGAGGUUGACCUGGAAUAUCCACAAGAACUUCACGACCUACAUAACGGUUAUCCUCUAGCACCGGAGAGUAAGGAAAUCAGUGCUUCUAUGUUGUCAGAUUAUGCGAAGAGUAUUGCUGAGAAAUUCCAACUGACAAUCGGAGGAGUAAGAAAACUUGUGACUUCAUUAGGUCCCAGGAAGAAGUACGUCUUACAUGUACGUAAUCUGAAACUGUACACAGACCUUGGGAUGAAACUCACGAAGGUCCAUAGAGCGGUUACAUUCAAGCAGUCUCCCUGGCUUAAGGACUAUAUAGACUUCAAUACAAAGAAAAGGUCUGCAGCCCGUAAUACAUUCGAAAAGAACUUCUUCAAGUUGAUGAACAACUCAAUCUACGGAAAGACUAUGGAGAAUCUUAGGAAAAGGGUUGAUGUGAAAUUAGUGUCCUCCAAAGACGACCUCCUAAAACUGACAGCAUCACCUUGCUUCCAGUCACAUCGAAUCAUGAAUGAGAAUCUUAUAGUGGUAAAGAGGAUGAAAGAAGUGCUAACGCUGAAUAAGCCGUGUUACGUGGGAAUGAGCAUCUUAGAUUUAUCCAAGACUUUAAUGUACGACUUCCACUACAACACCAUUAAAAAGGAGUACGGUAAUAGUUCGAGGUUACUGUUCACCGAUACUGACAGUCUGAUGUACGAACUGAAGACGGAUUACGUCUAUGAGGACAUCAGGAGGAUCGGCGAAGAGAUAAUUCAGAUUACCCAAAAGACAGCCCUUACUACUCAACACAUAACAAGAAGGUUAUAGGUAAGUUCAAGGAUGAAGCUGGAGGAGUACCCAUAAUUGAGUUUGUUGGGUUGAGGUAAAAAAUGUACUCCUAUGUCAAGGAAAACGGUGGGGGUGGAAUGACAGCUAAAGGGGUUAAGAAGUAUGUCAUCAGAAACAAGCUCACUCAUGAGAACUUCAAGAAUGUAAUCAACACGAAGGGUAGGAUGAGACACAACAUGAAUACAAUCAGGAGCACGAAGCAUACAAUCGGAACUUAUGAAAUGAGGAAGGUUACUCUGAGCUGCUUUGAUGAUAAAAGGUAUCUUUUGGAGGAUGGAGUUACCAGUUAUGCUUAUGGUAACAAGAAUAUAAAAAAUAGUGACUGAGAAGUUCCCACAGAGUAGAAAGUAAUAAUCCUAAAGGGUAAAUAAGCAGGAAGGGCCCCCUGCCUUAUGUACCCCCAAGGAGAAAAUAAAAGUUGUCGAAGAGGCUCUAGAAUAGCAGAUCCGAUGUACCUACACCCAAGAAGGACAACACUUAAUUAAGAAACUAAAUUCGGUGUAGUACAGGGACUGCAGUAGUGAGAUCACUGGUUCCGGAGCGAGACCAUUUUUUCGGCGAAGCCGAAAAAACGUGGUCUCGUUCCGAAACUAGUGGUCUCGCUACGGCAGUUCCUAUACUACUUAGGAGAUUCGCCCCGGGGGGGGGGCGAAUAUCCUAGGAAUAUCGCCCCCCUUUUGAGAGGGGGGCGAAUCUCCUGGGGGGCGAAUCUCCUGUGACACCGGGCAUAUUUUUCAAGCUCGCCCGGUGUGGAUAUGCACUCAGAGUAACAUUGCAAACAUAAUAAUAAACUCUCUGUGUGAUUAUUUAUCCCUUAGAAGUACGAUGUUCCAUCAAGCGUACGAUCAAGCUCAAUCAGAUUUUUUACAAACUGAUAUAAAAUAUCGACGAAGUGACGAAGUCCACUUGUUUACUAUGAAGACUUGUAUGCACCUAAAUAUGUAAUAAUUUAAAUACAGAUAAUUCCUUCGCUUCAAGUUUCAACGCGUAUCGACCAAAACACAUUGUUAUUUGUGAUCAAACUUUCAUCUUACCUUGAAAAGCAUUUUAUCUAACAGUCAGAGACUCAGAGUCCAUUUGCAAUGAGACUAUGCCAUUAUGCAGAGGCCACUAUGCGUACAUGUAACGUGUUUACAAAUUGUCAUUGUCCAUGGUGGUGUUCGCGAGGUUCAAUCGGGAUAUUCGGAAAGUCAAAUCGCGAUCUGGAGUAUGUUAUUUUUUACAGUAAAGUUUCUGUGACGUCAAAUACGUCAUAAAUCUGAUCAUCCAUCCGUACACCUCCAAAAUCGAGAUGUCGUUCGGCUAUACAUAACUCGGCCGGAAACGGACUGGUGCGAGAAAAACAAAUCGUCAAGAAUAGUGUGCUGCCUUCGGCAGCAAUGAAACGGUAAAAAUAGGUACACAGUGCGUACAUGUUGCAUGCCAUCUGAAAUCUUAUGAUGCGCUAGCGCUUUUAAUGUUUGGUACAGCUGGCCUGAAACUUAAAAUAUUGAUUCAAUAAGUUUAACAUCAAUAUAUUUAUUAAGAAAUAGCUUUAUGUCAAAUUAAGAAAACUUAAGAUUCUCACGGGAAUACGGGCAAUGUUUUUAGGAGGGACCGUUCAUCGUUAGUUGCAAGCGACAGUAAUAACAAGGUCAAGGUUUUAUCGAAAGCGAUUGACUGUAAGAUUUCCUUUACAAAUUUAUAAUAAAUAAAUGUUACUCCCUACAAAUUUAGCUUUAUUGUAACUUUUUGAAGGUAUGAAAACCCGUGGAAACAGUGAAUUACUAUAAUAGAUUGAAAACAAGUAAUAUUAAACUAUGAUUGAAAUUAUCGAAGUAGAUUGCUAUUUCGUUGUAUUAAAUUUCAAUAGUAUUAAUGAGAAUUUAGCUUGAUAUUUAUAUUUCAUGUUAUUUACAAAAUGUACUGUAGUUUUGAAGUUUUGCCCGCACAAUAUAAUCAGUGCGAGCACAAUGGCUCCUUUUCAGUUUGAAUAUAAAAUUGAGUAUUUUGAUAGCGUAGCCUUUCACGCUAUAAAUAAACGCCUGAUACAUAAUCAUUGCGAGCAAAACGUCUCCAAAAUUAGAACAAAUACAGAAUAUAAGGUAAAUUAAAAACAGAAAAGCUUUACCUACCCCGAUCUGUUUUUCUAAGGCGCUCGAUUAUGUAAUUUUUAGGCGAACAGUCAACAUUUUCUUUGCCUUUCCUCGACGAAAACCAUGGACGAAAACGUGCACAUGAUUCAAAAUUUAUAAUUAUGCAUUUAUGCUUAUUUAUGUUAUUAUGCUCGUAAAUGCUCGUCGGUAUAACUCGUUAUUUGACGUAUUACCUCGCGUUUUACGAGAUUUCCCGCAAGUUUCACCAACGGACACGAAUUUCAACCUAUAUGAUAGUUGCAUGCCAUGUGGCAUGCAACAAAAAUGUGCGCUCCAGACGUAGUGCUUGUCAAUUGCAAAAUAUAUAGUGUUUCCUACGUCCCAUAUCGAUGACAAGUUUCCUACGCCAUGGCAAGUGCUCAUACUAACAAAACUGCAUUUAAACAACUUAAAGAUAACACAUUAUUAAAUGUUUGAAUAACGCAGAUUAUUAAAAAAUCGCAUAGCAUGACCUGUUGCCCUGACUAUAGCAUCGUUAUAAUAUCUAUAUAACUUUAAAACUGUCAAAAUGAACUUUUAACUGUUAUUGCAUGCAAAUGCUGUAGAACUCUCGUUUAAACCCUAUACUUUUCCUUUCCCCACUUUACAAUUUUAGUUUCCUCGCGUAUUUUUACUUGGAAAAUAAUGUGAAAUAUUCGUGAAUAUCAUUUCUUCGUGAACCAACAUUUUAGCGAGGCGGGGAGGGAGGUGCAUGGUGAACUGAAUAAACAAACUUACAACCUUACGCUACCCAUGGCAAGUGGUCAUGCUUAUGCUAAGAAACCUGCAUUGAAACAGCUUAAAGACUACAGGGCACUCAGAGACUGCAUACCUCCGCCCCCAUUGAAUUUCGGUCGUGUGAAAUGCAACUAAGACUAUAGAUAAUGAAGGCUGAAGCUUGAUGAGCUUUAUCAUCUCAUUAUUGUCUUAGUACUGCGUGCAGACAUUAUACACGUCCUAAUUACGCAUUCAGUCAGUUUUUUUUUAAUUGAUCGGGAAAAGCAAGACAAAAUUUUGUUCAUUUCUCGUUCAAUUUUUAACCAAAUUUUAAUCAGAUCUUCCUUAGCCGAUGGAAAAUGCAUUCAAAAAUUUUCGUAUGAAUAUGUUUGGUAUUUGUUGAGUUAUCGUGCUCAUAGACAAACACACACACACAAACCCAGAUGAUUACAUAACCUCCUGGCGGAGGUAACAAUACAUUUUUAAAUGUUUGAAUGACGCAAAUGAGUUAAAAAUUUGCAUAGCAUGACCUGUUGCUAUCUCUAGCAUCGCCACUCUCCUAUUCCCAGGUAAAACAGUGGAAAAGUUGCCCUUUCUUGAUGGAAAGUUGUUAUUAGUCAUGCUUCCUCUGCCCCUGCAAAUAUUGUGUUGGCUGCGGGGAAAUUUAGUCACUAAUAUCCUCAAUUAGCUCAAUGAUAUUACAAUAUGAUACUAAGUCUUGUUCUGUUUUUAGGUUCAACGGCUGUGGUUUCACAACAAGCUGGGCACCUAGAUUUAGCUAAUAUGGGAGGUAAAUAUUUUUAUAACAAAACCUGUAGGCAAUUUUUUGUUUUCUUCAAAUUCAGGCCAUGUAAGAAAUUGGUAAGUAAGAAAUUGGUAUAAAACAAAUUGGUUUAAAAAAGCCAUUCACAGUGUGAGACAGCGACAGCCACUUUGUUUUUACACAUGCGGAAACACAUUCUUAUUGGCAACCUAUCGUUAUUUGCUGAUAACGGAAAGUUGCCGAUCUAUGAGCUUGCAUAUCGCUUGAAUUCAGAGCAAAAGAGAAAAUUUGAAGAACCAAUAAUCUUCUCUUUACUUUUUCAAGUUUUGCAUACAGGAAUGUAUACUCAUGCAGCGUGUCUUUUUGUAAACUUCAGUCAUGAAAUAAUUAAACGGGACAAUUACUGUGAAUGUGUCAUUCCCAACAGCAUGGUAUAAUAUAACUUUAGAACUGCAUGUUAAAAUGAACUUUCAACUGUUAUUACAAAUCCUAUUGAACUCUCGUAUAAACCUUACUACACCCUUCCCCAUCUUACAAUUUUAGUUUCCUGGCGUAUUUUCCUUGCAAAAUAAUGUGAAAUAUUCGUGAAUAUCAUUUCUUCGUGAACCAACAUUUGGUGAACUAUAAGUAAGGAAACUUACAACCUUACGCUGCCCAUGGCAAGUGGUCAUGCUUAUGCUAAGAAACCUGCAUUUAAACAGCUUAAAGACAAUACAUUUUUAAAUGUUUGAAUACCGUAAAUCAAUAAAAAUUGCAUAGCAUGACCUGUUGCUAUCUCUAGCAUCGCCACUGCUGUUGGUUCCCCGUGGUAUUUUUCCUUAGAAAGAUAACGUGAAAUAUUCGCGUCAAUAUUCUCCGGUGAAUGUUAUAUUUUCAGGAAGCAUUGUUAGUUGAGGUAUUUCUACAACUUGUCCUAAUUAAGUAAUUGUUCCUGAAUUCACUUGCUUUGCGCAGAGUGUAAUACAUUUACUAUUGGAAAUAGGCUGUAAAUUUUCGGGGUUUUAAAAUUUUUCGACGAGUAUGCCAUUGAGCGUUCACAAAUAUUCAUUGGUAUUCUUAACAACGUGGGCGGGGUAAUAGGAUACACAUGCCUUAUCCGAAGUUUAGCCGCAAUUGUUUUUAUUUCCAGGUAUAUAAAACAGUGGAAAUACUGCCCUGUCCUAAUGGAAAGUUGCCCUCACAUCGUAGUGCUUAUAUAUUCAAAUUUUCAGUGUUUCAUACGCCUCUGCAAAUACUCUUUUCCCUGCGGUGAAAUUUAGUCGCUAAUUCCUUUAAUUAGCUUAAUUUAUUACAAUAUUAUUCUUGUUCUGUUUUCGUCUUUAGAUCCUGUGCUUUCACAACAACCUGAGCAGCUAUCUUUUGUCCCUGUUGAAGGUGAAUAUUUUGAAACAAACCUCUAG